AUGACAGCCCUUGCACCCAAGACCGUACCGCCCCAGGCCGAGUGCCUCACAGCCGGCGGCUUGCAGGCCCAGGUCCUGGUCCCGGGCGAUGCUGACUAUGAAGCGCGUCAAGAUUCUUACUGGUCCAACAGCGCCAAGAUCCGGCCGGCUGCCAUUGUCCGUCCCCGUUCCGCCGACGAGGUCUCAGCGGCCGUCAAAGCGCUCGUGGGGGCCAAGCAACCCUUCGCUGUGCGGUCCGGCGGCCACACGAACUGGGCGGGCUCCAACAACAUUGAGGGCGGCGUCACCGUCGACUUGAGCUUGCUGAACGGCGUAGUCUACGAUGCGGCCUCGGAGACGGCCAGCAUCGGGCCGGGCUGCCGCUGGAGGGAGGUCUAUGCCGAGCUGCACAAGCACGGCCGCGCCGUUGCCGGCGGGCGCGAGGGCAAUGUAGGCGUCGCUGGCCUGUUGCUGGGCGGCGGCAACACCUUCUUCACGGCCCGCCGCGGCUGGGCAUGCGACAACGUGGUCGCCUACGAAGUGGUGCUGGCCGACGGGCGCAUCAUCAACGUCGACAAGCACAGCUGCCCGGACCUGUUCCGCGCGCUCAAGGGCGGAUCCAACAACUUCGGCAUCGUGACCAAGUUCACCAUGACGGCCAUCCCCUGCGACAAGGUCUGGGGCGGCAUGACGUUCUUCCCCAAGCAGGUCAUCCCGGCGGCCAUCGAAGCCACCACCUCCUUCACCGACAACAUCGUCAACGACCCCGACAGCAACCUCGUCGUCAUAUUCACCCACAUGCCCGACUUCAAGGAUAUCGUAGUUGCCACCCUCUAUGCCAACAUGGUCGGCAUCGAGAAGCCGCCCGCAUACAGCAAGUGGCUCGCGCUGCCCGAGAUCCUCAACACCGUCAAGAUGACGUCCAUCUCGGAGAUGGCAUUCGAAUACAACAUCCCUGCCAAGCUGCACGACGUAUGGUUCACGCUCAGCCUCAAAAACGACCCGCGCAUCCUCGCCCACGCCUCCGCCGUGCACGACAAGCUGGUCGCCGACCUCAAGGACUUCAUCCCGGAGCAGGACUUUGUCACGCAGUGCCUCUUCCAGCCGCUGCCCACCGUCUUCGGGCAGAACAGCAUCGCCGCCGGCGGCAACGUCAUGGGCGUCGAGCGGCAGCCGCACAACGGCAUCCUGUUCCUCGCCACCGCCAUGGUCAGGACCCCGGAGCAGGAGGCGUUCGCCUAUCCCAAGGUGAAGGCCUGGGUGGAGAGCGUCAGCGAGUUCGCGCGGGGGAUCGACGGCGGCCUGCUGGAGUGGCGGUAUCUGAAUUACGCGGAUAAGAGCCAGGACCCGCUCGCGACGUAUGGCGAGGCUAACCUGAGGCUGAUGAGGGAGGUGGCGGCCAAGUAUGACCCCGACGGCGUGUUCCAGCGGCUGUGCCCCGGCGGGUUCAAGCUCUCGGAGGUGAAGGCGUGA